UCUAUUCUAGUGUCAACAUGAUCAAACAUGUUUGCUGUCACCUGAGAAGGAACUGAAUUUUUACUACUGAAUUUUCAUUCCCGGCUAUUGAUUUUUCAAGAAUCCCUGUGGAAUACAAAAACCGGAGGACGACGUGAGGAGAAAAAAAAGAAAAGUUUAACUGGAUCUGUUAUGGAUUUGUUGACAUUUAUGGCACAGUGAAACCGCACAAAGAAGCUCGGAAGAAUGUAACACGGUUUUGAGGAAUCAAAUCAUUGGGAUUCUCAAAAACAAAACAAAAAGCAAAGGCUUUGGGAUUCGUGAAAGAGUUUCGUCAUGUUGCACUUGGAUUUCAGAUCACUGAUUCUUCCGAUUGGCAUCGUUCGGAUGGUGGAGGUGCUUCUAACAUGCAUCUGCUUUGCACUGGCGGCGUCAGCGGGAAUCCCGGUCACAGCCACGUCCCAUUGGGCUUGGUGCAUGUUCUGCUGGUGCUUCUGCUGUUUCACGACCCUCCUCAUCAUCAUUUUGGAGUUUACCAACCUGAACACCAAAGUGCCCAUUUCCUGGGAAGACUUCACCAUGGCUUUUGCUAUGUUGGCCACACUUAUGAUGGUCACCAUUGCAAUCAUCUACCCCACGUUCUUCGCCUGCCCCUCCUGCUCCAGGCAGAUCGGGGCGUCUGCGGUGUCCUGGUUGUGUUUCGGGCUGUACGCCGCAGAAGUCUGGUUGGUCCACAAAAGACCCGGUGAAACCAGCGGCUUUCUCACCACCGUUCCCGGUCUCCUCAAGAUCCUGGAGACAUUUGUCGCCUGCAUCAUAUUCACGUCUUUGAGUCCCGCCGAAUAUAAGGCGGUUCCAGCAACGCAGUGGUGCGUGGCCGUCUUCUCCAUAUGCUUUGUUUUUUCAUUGCUGAUUGUUUUCCUCACCAUCGCCAAGCUGUCUUCCAUCUUUCCAUUUUCUUUUGACAAAGCGGUCAUUAGCUUCAACAUCCUGGCUGUGGCUAUGUACGCAACCGCUGUUGUUAUCUGGCCACUAUAUGUGUUUGACAGAAACCCACGUCCAGAUAAUUGUAACCUGUGUCCAUGGGAUGAUCUGGUGGUGGUGACCUUCAUGACCAUCAUAAACUUCUUCGUAUACACUGGAGAUUUGGCCUACUCUGUUAAAAUAGUAUUCUUUACCUAUCGUGGCCAGGAGUAACGCCUUACCCAUGCCAUAUCAUUGGUUUAACAUGAAAAAUAAUCUAUGUAACAAGGAUGUUAUUGGAUAUGUUGUAUAUACUGAGCGAACCUUACACAAAAAAAUCCACGGGCAAAAAAGGUCCAUUGUUUGUCAGUAAUGUAGCGAUGCAUGAAGCACCUCUCACUGAGAGGUCACUUCCGAGGCCAAAACGCGAAUUUAAUGUUGAACGAACUUUAAUCUGAAGCAGAAAUUGCGCGAGGAAACGUUUCGCCUCGCACGAAAUACCAAACCGCACGGAUUUGAAUUUGGUCGCGGAUUUUCUCCAUGCAAAGGUAAAUGUGGCCACGCCCUAAUUAGUCAGACACAUUACGUAUAAGGUUUAGUACAGAGUUUAAUUCCCAGGAAGUCACACACGACUAAUAUUUAUUCAUUGUAAAUUAAUUAUAUAAGUUAAUUAUGAAAUCAUUAGCCUAUAGCCUACUAAACUUCGUAUCGAUUUAUAUCACUC